AUGGGCUCUCCGCGAGUUGUAGAUCACGUAACCAAACACGUCUUUAGGAUUGCCGUGAAAAAGUCUGAGCGCACGCCGGCAACACAAAAAGACGCCAGCCAAGGUAACGAAAGACUAUAUGUAGGUCAAUUCUACACCCGUAUAACGGGCGUGGCUUCCACGGAGGAUGUCACGCUGGACACUGAAUCCAUUGACGAUGUCGCAAGGGCGGCUGUGUUUGCCUGCAUCUUGCAUAAAAAGAGCCCACUCACGAUGUUGGCUGAUGCUUUCAUAAGGUGUACGCAAGCUACAGGCCAAGUGGAAGCGAGAAAGGAUCCAUUUGGACUACCUGAGCUUCGUCAUGAUGGGAAGCUGGAACCAGGAGCUCAAGCUAACCUAAAGGAACUUCUGGCAAAAAUUAAUCGCGUCAUUGUAAUGAAUUCGGCGCUAUUGAUCGUGUGUCCGAUGUACUUUAACUUGGAAGAUUUAGUUGCCAAGGAAGACCUCAAAAAAGAGCCACUCGAUGUUUCAGACCAGACAACCAGGUGCAAAAUGCUCACGGAGGUAAUAGCAGAGGCGAAAAAUGCCGCCUACGUGCAACGUGUGCUGGAUGAGAUGUGGCAAAAUGAUGAAAGUGCGGCCCUGGAGGAAAUUUAUUGUGUCUUUUCAAAGGUUAGGAACGAUGCAGCCGAUAGAACAAUUGGCGAGAAACCCUUUGAGCAAAUAAGCGCCCUCACUAGCAUAUGCGGCAGCAAAUUAGGCGCUGCACUCGUUGUAAGGUGGUUGAAAGAAUACGAGACUGCAGGUGUCGCUUGGAAGGCUUCCGGUGUGAAAAGGGAGGUCGCCACUCUGUUUGGGCGCAUCCUAUCUGCCUCUCCUAUGCACGAAGAAGCACUUGAAUCCGCAAAAAUGAUGGCCACGAGUCCUCAUACAUAUAACAACGCUAAGAACAUUAGAGAACUCAACUUUCUUGGGAAAAAGCAAAUGACCUCGAUUAGAGGCUCCUUACUCAACCUCCGAGAAGAUCAUGAAGAGUACAUCCGUACUGUUGCCAAUCUUAUUAAAGCGAUUUUAAGAGCCGAUUUCAAUACUAGAAAUGAUUUCAUGGUGGUGCUUGGACAGUUGGUGGCUUAUAAUGCGACAAAGAGACACCUGUCCAGAAUGACGCAUGUCGAUCAACCUCCCAUCACCCUAGACGACAACUUCAAGAGGAGGAGGGUGUUCAUGCCAGAUUCAACCUUCGGAGCUUCGCUAAAUGUGAUGUGGCUUUUAUUGGUGCUGGCCGAAGGAAUUACUGAGCAAAAGAUCGACAGCAUUGACCCCAACUUUUGCCAAAUUGGGUUCUACGCAAAACACAAGACGCAAGUUGCAACGAUUGAGGAAAAUAAUAGCGAGGAACUGAAUUUGCGUGAAAUGACUGAAAUGCGUGCCACGCUCGAUCGUAUGAUUGGGUUCCUCUCGUCCAGUAGCGCUGGCAUGGGCGACGAAACGCAACUCAUGGAAGCGCUGGAAAAGCAGAAGUUUGACAUAUCGGCGUCGUACAACGCGAAGUUCAUCACCCAGAUUUUUUGGGCGACUUUGCAUGGGCUAGGAAUGCUGUACGAGCCUUGUCUUCAGGAAUUCCUCAAGCUCAUAUUUUUUACCAUGGAGGUGGCUCAAGAGUCUGGUGAUCCCACGAAUAACGACUCCCUAUACGACCUGCUAUCGCACGUUUUUAUAUGGAGAUGCGUUAUACAACACAGCAAGUUCCUAGAGGUCAUGUGGCACUACAUUAACAUCAGUCUCCAGUUCUUCAUCAAAUGCGCACUGUCACAGAUGUGGGAAAAGUCAUCACCGGCCCCUUCAAACUUGAAGGGUUCCGCACUAUGUGCACAAAUGGUGUAUAGUUUCGCAUCCGGCAAACUCGAGCCUUCCGACGAGGUGCCACCGAAAUUCAUCGUUCUCCCAGUUGACUUCAUCGACAUAAUUCUGGACAUUAUUAAGCACGUUUCCAUCAUGAGCUUCUAUGUUACGCACAUCAAGCCGGAGGAUACGAAUGUGCUAGAGUUCAUGGAUUUCGAAUUGGUGAUCGCAUCCUGCAUUUUUAUCAUGAAAGCGGACCAAACAUUCAUCAAAAACAUGACUCUCAAGUGCGACACGGUUUCGUCCAUAAUACUCAACCUCUGCAAGUCUGUGGGAGUUGGAAGGUUCGGUAGUUCCCCAGGGUCAAAGCAACACCUCGUGGACGCCCUAACAAACAUCUUCAUAGUAUCGCAAAGGGCGGACUACAACUCAAGGGUAUCAUGCAGGCUCAACGUCAUACAGAUCCUUACGAAACUGUUCGGAAUCGAGGCGUACAAAGAGAGUUUUGUCGUAAACAUCAUUUCCAAUAAAGAAAACUUCGUGCAGUUUAUGCACCUGCUGCUCAGCGACACGGCGUUCAUUUUUGAGGAGGUGGUCACGUUUCUCUCCGAGAUAAGGCGCAGGGAACUCGCUGGAAUUACGAAUGAACCUCAGGAGCGCAAUCAGCAAAACGAAUCUUCUACAAGCAGCGGGCAAUCGGCUAAUCAGCGGCGGGAAGAGCAGAGGGAAUCUCAGCAGUCUCAACGCGAUCAAGACGAACAACCACUCGACCCGUCGUUGCAGGACGGAGCCAUUGACGCCAAUCAGCUAAAAAAUAUGGCAUUCAAUGAGCUUCAGGAACGCACGCGCAGCCUGGUGGAGUACGGUUCGGAGAUUACCACUCUGCUUCACAUCCUGUGCAGGGAGUUCCCCGCUGAGAUCACUAACACAUCGGUCCUACUGCCACAGGUAGCGUCAUGCCUAGGAUGUUGCCUCGAUAACCUUGCUGGAGAAGGCUGUAUUAACCUAAAGGUGAAAAAUAUGAUGGAAUACAACUUCAAACCCAAGGAAUGGCUCACUAGGGUGGUUAAGUGCUAUAUUGCGCUCUACGGUGGUGAGAACCCACAGAACGUCGAGCCGUUUAUGAAGGCCGUUGUUUCAGAGGGGCGGUACUUCAAGCCAUCCAACUUCGAACGGGCGUUCAAAAUCGUGACGAGGGAAAUGAUGCUGGGGUUGAAAGACAGGCACGCGUUCUUCAACAUGUCGCAAAAGCUUUGCCAGUACGCAAAGGCCAACAACACACUGUACGAGAAUGCGAUGAACGCAGAAAUGCCUGACGAAUUCCUGGAUCCUAUCAUGAUGGAUAUCAUGGAGGAUCCAGUGCUGCUGCCGACCAGCGGCAUUGUGAUGGAUCGGAAGAAUAUCGAAAGGCACCUCAUGUCCGAAGCCACCGACCCAUUCAGCAGGCAGCCACUCACUAAAGCGCAACUUGUGCCCCAAGAAGAGCUAAAACAAAGAAUCGAUGCCUUCUUGGCGUCAGUGUCUCGAUCAACUGACGUUGCGGGGGACAUAUACGAAUCAUAA